GCGUUUCGCAUGCUGUCAGUUUGUUUGGAAAGCGAUGCGGUGAGUGUAACCGCGACCCACUCCCAACAUGGCUGUCAACUGUCAAGCCCGAAAACAUCAAGCCAUCAGUCCAUCUUUUCAUAUUUCGACGCUCGGCAGCGAAUUAACGCAGCCCGAAAAUGAGUAGCGAAAGGGAUUGCGCCCUUUGCCUAACCAGCGAAUCCAAAUGGCUAUUGGACGUGUUUAGUGAAUCCAACCGGGACCUGCAUAUGGCAUCAGUCAUAUCGAAACACCUGUGGUUUGAUCUGAAUCCCGCCAGCGAGCCUCACAUUUGUAUGGAUUGCUGGACCACCAUACACAACUUCCAUCGGUACUACACCAAGCUCGAAGCCCUCCACGAUUCGGACGAUGGAACCACAGUCGAUGAGUUGACCGCAAACGAUGAGAUGGGAGAACUGAAAAACAUUGAAUUCCUCGAGGAAGAUGCCGAGGAGCUCCGGAUGCAGAUGAAACAGAUUCCCAAUGCUUCGUACGAUGGAAGCGAUGAGCAGGAAAGCCCAGCAGGGGCUCGGCACUCGAGAGAAAGAAGAAGUCAAACGAUCAGGAGUUUAGCCUUUUCGAAAUCGAGGUCGAGCAGGACGGAGAUGGAACGGUUUACCGACUGGAUGCAUUUGAAAACCACGAACAGACGGACCGGCCCGAAUCAGAAUCCCGCCAACAGCCUGUUAUAUUACGGCCAAAUGAAACCGUCCAGUGCUGGGGAAAGUUCAACCGUCGCUAUCGACUUCUUCGUGCCGGAGGACGAACAGCCCGUCAAGCGUGGCCGAGGCCGGCCACGGAAGCAGAUCAAAGUGGAACCGGACACAUCGUUGCGGAUCAUUAAAAAAGAAAACAAUUCCAGCAUGGACGAGCACAACACCUCCCUGGAUUCGACGGGUGGCAACGAUGAGCAAGUGCCUGUUAAGCGUCGCCGAGGUCGUCCACCGAAGAAUGCGAGUGUGCAGCGAAACGCCUCACCAAUCGUACCCACCCCAAGGGCAAUAAAGAGAGAGGUAAAAACGGAGCGGGAAGACGAGGAUGCGCCGGACAGUGGUGGUACCUCACGACCCGAACGAAGAUCGACACGUGUGCGGAAGGCAAAAUAUUUCAGCGAUAUGGAGCAGGACAGCGAUGAGGAGGAGGAUGAGGAGGAAGAGGUAAAAGAGGAAGAAACAGAGCCGAGCGAAUAUGAACCGGGCGAUGAUCCGGAGUACGAGGCGAGGCUGCAGCUGCAACGGGAACUGAAUAUGGAUGAUUUUGCCUUCUACGAGUAUCAGUGCAGUCUGGAGAACGAUCACGGUGCGCGCGAUAACAAGAUCUUUCAGUAUGUGGACGAGUUUGCGUGUCACGUCUGUGAGGAGAAAGUGACGUUCAAACGGUUUGCCGAAGCGCACUUGCACUACCGGGUGGAGCACAACCAGCCGCCGUAUCUGAAGUGUCCCAGGUGUGAGAAGAAAUGCCACACGCCGGGAAUGUUCGUGAGUCACAUGGAGACGCACGACGAUCCGGAGAAGAAUAAGUGCCAGAUCUGCGGCAAGUACACGGACUGCAACAUAUCGCUGAAGAAGCACAUGCGCGUGCACCAGAGCCAGCUGGAGGAGAACCUCCCGUAUCCGUGCAGUUUGUGCAAGCGAAAGUUCGAGACGGAGGAUCUGCGGGAGAAGCACGAGAAGCUGCACGUGCCGAAACCGCACGUACCGAAGGAGAAAGGACCCGACCACGAGGUGCUGGACUUUUACAAGGUCAUCGCGUGCGAUAUAUGCGAGGAGGAGCAGACCGACUCGCCGACGUACGACAACCUGAGCGACCUGCGCGCCCACAUGGUGAAGGAGCACAACAAAAACAUGUACCUGCGGUGUCCCUAUUGUUCCACCAGGCAAGUCAACCGGCAACAGGUCAUCACGCACAUCGACAUGCACAACAAUCCGGAAAAGUAUCGAUGCGAGGUCUGCAAGGAGGUGCACCAGAAUCUGCAUCAACACAUGAUGAAGGCCCAUGCGCCAACUACGACGGACGAGGCGGACAAAAAGUACAAGUGCGAUCAGUGUGGAAGGUCGUUCAACUUCCUGGCGAACUUAAAGAUGCACGUGGAUUGCGUCCACGGCGUGAAGGACGUGAAGUGCAAUGUGUGCAACAAAUUCUUCAACUACAGAGCCUAUCGGACGCACAAGCGUACCGCGCACACCGACCUGAUGCUGAUGUGCGAGCUCUGCCCAAAGAUGUUCAAAAAUCGAAAGUCGUUCGAAGUACACAAAGCUUCGCACGAGGGCCUGUUGCUGCGGAUGACGAACUGUGUGCUGUGCGGUAAGCUGAUACGCACCUGCAGCAUGUCGAAGCACAUGAAAACGAUCCACUCGGAGGAGGAUCCGGUCAAUUGCGAUCUGUGCGGCAAAAUGUUCCGCACCACGUUCCACAUGAAGCGCCAUCAGAAGAACACGUGCGAGGUGACGAUGGAUUCGCGCUCCUUCAAGUGCGAGGUGUGCGGCAAGGGUUUCUCCACCAAGCUGACGAUGAUGGAACAUAUGACGACGCACACGCGCACCAAUCAGUAUCAGUGCGCGUUCUGCUUCAAAUCGUUCGGCUACAUCUCGAACCUGUACAAGCACCGGAAGAAGGCACACCCGCUCGAGUGGCAGGAGGUGCAGGCGCACCCGGAAGAAAACAUUGCAUCGGUAAUCGUCGUUCGAAACUGAAGUGCUGUGGUUUUCUGUUUUCUUUAGCAUUCUUCUUUUGAUAAACUUUCAUUUUGGCCGUUUACUGUACAGAACUCAGCAGUUUCUUUUCCACCCGGCCACAUUAACAGAUGGGACUUUUGUACGCGAAAGUGUAUAGUGAGGAUUAGUUUAGCAAUAAAGUAUUUUCCAUAUUUGCGCUCGGUGGAACGUAUUUCGAACGUGGUGAACAAUGUUGCAUCGUAAAACAAAUUCCGAAAAUCCAUCUCAAAUGUCCGUUGCACAUUUCGAAUGCAACGGGAUUGCUCACACUAACACACACUCACACGCGAAGGCACUUUUAUCAGCAACGCUACCCGAAGCUCGGGCGCUGAGAGCUCCAGUUUACGCUCUUUGUGGCCACGAGUACGGUCGUUACUUUGUUGGACGAUAUUCAGAUUACGAAUCGUGUCUACGACGACGACGGUGCAGUAAUCCUUCCGCUUUACACUUGCAUCAACACUUGCGGAUGCAGGUCGAGAGAGAAGCGGGUUGAACGCGACACUGGGCCGAACAACAGAGCAAUUCGAACGCUACAGCUGAACCUUUGGCGGAGGUACAUUUUCUCGUAGUGUGACAAUUGAAGCGAAGUGUGGAUAAGAAGGCCGAGCGGCAAUUAAGUGAUAAGCGACGACGACGACGACUAUCAGAAAAAGCACAAAGUAUAAUGGUUCGCCUAUUGACCUAAUCGCCAAAGACUUUCGACGGCGCACUGUGGUGUUGCCGUGGGCAGUGAAUCUGUUUGGUAAGCAAGAUUACAUCAAAUCACACAAACGCAAGCGCAAUGUAAGAGCGCCGAUUCUGUCCGAUGGCAUCAGAUGUUUAAACAGUGUGUUUUAAAGCGUCUCCCCUCUCCCCCUCUCUCUCUACCCGCCCAUACCGAAUCGAACCGAGUAGUGUGGGCUCUGGAACAAAGCGAAUGAAUGGUGAAAGUAUUCAUGAGCGGUGUGUUCAUUUGAAAAAGUGCACCCAAAGAGAGACUGCAACAGGCAGAACAAGCGUGAUCUUUUGCAUUUCGACAGAGGCACGACAGUGGGCUGAGUGUCCUUUUCGUCCUUCUUUACCUGCGGUCCAGGCAAGGACGUGCGUUAUUGGUUGAGGGAGGCAAACGAGAAAGGAUAAACGCAGCCGAAAAUGUACGCCAAGCUGAACGGUCGCACUGUUGCUGGGAACGGACGAAGGUACCACCAACAGCAUAGCUACAGCUGGCUGCUGGCCUGGAUAAGUGCAGCAUUUUUGCUCGCGUCUAGACACACCGGCAUAAUGCCUUGCCUGAACGUACGAAACAAUGAAUGCUCCAUCUGUCAGCACAAUAUUGCCGGGACGCAGCGGCUGGAGGCGCUCUGUGGCCAUACGUUCCAUCGCCACUGUCUGGCAUUGUGGAUGCGCACGUACGCCUUUUGCCCCGACUGUCCGCGAAGGAUGUAGCUCGUUAGAGCGAGCGAGCGUGACGAAAGUGGGGCGCAUUACUGGCUUCGACUGAUUGGCAAACAAGCACGGACCACAGAGCGUGCGAACUCAACACGCCCCUAUCCAUUGGGGGAUCAACAGCGUAUAGUUGUAAGGUUUAGAAAAGAUAAUUUAGUUUCUUUCUACUUUUUGUACGACUUUCUACGUACCGCAAAGUAUUGUACUUUUUAAUAAUGGUUUGUAAAGUGAAAAUAAAAAUGUGUGUGCAUGA